AUGUCUGCUCCUAGUACGAGAAAUCAAGGAAUUUCAUUUGAAUCCAUGAUUGUGAAGCCUCCUGCACACCCUACUUAUGAUCUGAAGGGUGUAAUCAAACUUGCCCUUGCUGAAGAUGCUGGAGAUCGAGGGGAUGUGACUUGUAUGGCCACUAUUCCGGUUGACAUGGAAGUGGAAGCUUAUUUUUUAGCAAAGGAGGAUGGGGUUGUUGCUGGAAUUGCACUAGCAGAGAUGGUAUUCAAUGAGGUUGAUCCUUCACUCAAGGUGGAGUGGUCAAAAAGGGAUGGAGAUGAUAUUCGCAAAGGACUGCAGUUUGGGAAAGUACAUGGUAAGAGAAGUCUGAGGGCCUCCAGAGCCAGUAGCCAUGCUUCACUGGCCACUGCUUUAGGUUUUGUGGUGUUGUGGUUCAAGAUCAGUCAGCUAUGCAGACUUAGUGGUUGGUCAUUACAGAGGUCGUUGCUAGUUAGAAAGAAGUUCCAGAUUAUCUUUGCUUUAGCACAAUCUCAAAGGGUGUGGAUGGUGGUCUCUGAAAGGAUUUAUACCUGUCACAAGUGGCCUUUGAUCAUAUUUCAUGUGGCUUUGAGGUUGUUUGAUACAAGAAGGGCACACAGCAUCGUUGUAGCCGAAAGGAUUGUGCUUAAUUUUAUGCAGAGGAUGAGUGGAAUAGCAACUCUAACUAAGGCCAUGGCAGAUGCUGCACACCCCGCUUACAUUUUAGAGACUAGGAAAACUGCUCCAGGAUUACGUUUGGUGGACAAAUGGGCGGUACUAAUAGGUGGUGGUCAGAAUCACAGAAUGGGUUUAUUUGAUAUGGUGAUGAUAAAAGACAAUCAUAUAUCAAUAGCUGGAGGGGUCAUAAAUGCCCUCAAAACUGUGGACGUGUAUCUGGAGGAAAACGCUCUUCAAAUGGGGGUAGAGAUUGAGACCAGGACACUUGACGAAGUAAAUGAUGUAUUACAUUAUGCAUCUCAAAUGAAGACUUCCUUAACAAGAAUUAUGCUGGACAAUAUGGUUGUGCCCCAAGCUAAUGGGGAUGUUGAUGUAUCCAUGCUUCAAGAAGCCGUGGAACUGAUCAACGGGAAGUUUGAGACUGAGGCAUCUGGAAAUGUUACCCUUGAAACAGUGCACAAGAUUGGACAAACAGGGGUGACCUACAUUUCUAGCGGCGCAUUGACACAUUCUGUGAAAGCACUCGACAUCUCCCUGAAAAUUGAUACAGAGCUUGCACUUAAAGUUGGGAGGCGUACAAAUCGAGCAUGA